ACAUUCAGCUGCUUGGUUCAGAAAAAGCAAGCGUCUAACAACUGAUUGAAAAUUAAAUUUUUAGUAUUUUAUUGCAAUUAUUUCAAACAAUUCAGCAUAUUUUUUUAAAAAUUAUUAAUGCGCUACAUAUUUACAAAUACUAUCACAAGGUAUCUCAAGAAUUUUUGUUAUGACAACCUUUUGAAAAGAAAAUUUUCAUUAUUUACUAGAUCUGCAGACAUGCAAGUUUCAGAAGCUCCUUUAGGUGUGAUAAUAAAGGGUGUUGAUUUAAAGCAUGAUAUUUCAGAUGAUUUGAUAAGCCAGUUUAAAAAGGAUGUCAACAAUCAUCGUCUGCUUAUAUUCAAAAAUCAAGGCACCAUAAGUGGUAAAAGACAUGUUGAAAUAAGCCAGUGGUUUGGAGAAUUUGAAUCAACAUUUUACAAACACCCAAAAUCUCCUCACCCAGAUAUUUUCAGAGUUUCUAAUGUGCGAGAAGAAGGCUGCACAAAUGUCGGUCGAACAGGAUGGCAUAUUGAUGGCAGUUUUAUGGAGAAACCAUUUGCAUUUUCAAUUUAUCACAUGGUAUCAGUUCCCAAACUUGGUAACACUGAUUUUGUUCCUCUAAAAGAGUUGAUAGAGAGUCUGUCGGUAGACACUCGAGCAAGAUGGGAGAGACUUUGGAUGCUACCAGACCGACGUGAUAGACUGAUACAUCCCCUUAUAUAUCCUCACCCAGUCACAAAACUUUCAACUCUAUGUUUUCACCUUGGUAUGACAGAAGCGUUUGUUUGGGACUAUGGUACAGACAAGGAGAGGGUCACCAGUCAGCAAGAAACCAGGCAGAUACUGCAAGAAAUUCACAAUGAGAUCGUAAAGGACAAUAGAAGAUUAAUCUAUUCACAUAAGUGGGAGGAAGGAGAUUUUAUUAUAUCUGACAAUUUGGCAGUUGGACAUGAAGCGACACCAGAGACCCAGUACCCAGUGGAGGAGGUUGGAUUGAGGAUUUUACACAGGACAACCAUCAGAGGCACUACUAUACCACAGAAAGCAAAGACCAACUGACCAGAUGUGUGGCAAAUUUUACAUUUUGUGACAGUUUCUGUCUUCAAAAUAACCAAAAAUAAUACAUUUUCAGAGCAUCAGAUAAGCUUUGAGUGUUAUAUGGGUAUUACCCAAUCAUUUUGGAUUGAACUGCAUAUUUGCAAAACUGAAUUGGGUAUAUUUUAAAACGUGUUCUCAAUGAUUUUUAUCUCAAUUCACAUAUUUCAGUUUGAAUUUCUAAACAGUAUGUUAGUUUGUAAUUUUGAUUAAUUAUAGCAAUAUUUCAGUGAAAAGUGUCUUAGACAAGUAUUCUCACCUACAAAGUCUUCUGCCCAAAAUAUUUCAUUUUUCUGUCUGCCAAAAAAAAAUUGUCAUUUUUUAAAUUUUAUUGUAUUUUUAACAAAAUUUCAUCAGGGCUUGAGCGAGGGAGCGACUUGAGCGAAAUAGUCGCUUUGUUGCUCCCCACUUCGCUCUAAUCUCACAUCAAAGCGAAAUUCAAGUCGCCGGAUUUUUUUGUCCACACUCCUCCAGUUAUCCGCUAUCAGCCUGUUGACACUUGACUGGAAUACACGAUGGCAUAAUUUAAGCUCCGCCUACUUCAGAUUACGGAAAAGUGCGAAGGUGACACUUGUUUUGUAAACUGACUGUUGAUAAACAAAGCAGUAGGGAUUUAUAUUACAUAAGUUUUGACCUUUAGAAAGUAUCUUACCAUGACUAGCUCCAGUAAAUUCCUUAAUCCACUUAAUUUUACUCGUAUUUUUCAAAACCCCAAUAUAAUCACUGACACUUUCUGUGACUAAAAUAACGUAACUGAAAUUUACGCAAAUUUUUGACAUCUGCCAUCAGAAACUGGGUUAAACCUGUUUGACAACUGUUUCUUUUAAUGUGUGCCGACACCAGCAUAUCAAAGAGUCACCAGCAGAUCAAAGAAUGUAUUCCAUGUGAUGUCAUAGUGAUGUCACUGCUUCCUAUUGACAUGUAUUUAAAGUGACUGACUUUUGAGUGCAAAGCACUGGGAGCUUGAUUUAUCUUUUGCUGAUAUGGAAUUAACUUUUUUUAAUUGUAUUCAUAUUUAAAGGGUUUUCUUGGUUUGUGCAAUCAUUGCAA